AUGGGAAAGGUUGAUCUGAAGGACAACGACAGCAAAGAAAAGAAAACUGAGUUUAGUUUAGUGCGAAUAAAAAGUACAUGGUGGUGUGAACAAGGACAGAAAGUCAAAAGUGACAAAGUUGACUGUGUCUCUGCAGCAAAAAUCUAUGAGAGCAAAACAGAAAAAGGAACCACAUGGACAGUAGUGAGCCCCAUAGUCUUCACAUACAAGGUGACUGAGAGUCGAGGCCUGCUGGACCCAAACAAUGACACCCUCCUGUUUGGGCACAUCGCUGACCCACAGCAGCUUGAGGUCUUUAAAAAAUCCAUGAAACCAAUAAAACGCUUUGUAGUUGUUGACCAAGAAGUCUACAAAAUCUAUGGUUCUAAGAUAACUGAAUAUUUAGAGGCAAACAAUGUUCUGUACAAGAUCUUAGCACUACCCACCACUGAGGAGAACAAAUCCAUGGAAAUGGUCCUGAAAAUACUACAAGAAGUCAAUAACUUCUCUCUUGACCGUCGUACAGAGCCCAUCAUCGCCUUUGGUGGAGGGGUUUGCCUGGAUAUAGUGGGCCUGGCUGCAUCGCUCUACAGAAGACGUACCCCUUACAUAAGGGUCCCAACCACGCUUCUCUCCUACAUUGAUGCAAGUGUCGGGGCAAAGACAGGGGUUAACUUUGCAAACUGCAAGAACAAGCUGGGUGCCUAUGUUCCACCUGCUGCUGCUCUCCUUGACCUGUCCUUCAUUCAAACAGUUCCUCGACGACACAUCUCCAACGGCUUGGCUGAGAUGUUAAAGAUGGCCUUGAUGAAACACAGAGGCCUCUUUGAGCUUCUUGAGAAACAUGGCUGUAUGCUUUUGGACUCUAAAUUCCAGACUGAACAAAGUGCAAAUGGAUGCAGCUGUUUACAGGUUGCAUCACAGGCAACUUAUAUAGCCAUCACAACCAUGCUGGAGGAGCUGGCCCCAAACCUGUGGGAGGAUGACCUGGACAGACUUGUGGACUUUGGCCACCUAAUCAGUCCAGCAUUAGAGAUGAAAGUUCUCCCAUCACUGCUGCAUGGAGAAGCAGUGAACAUUGAUAUGUCAUACAUGAUUUAUGUGUCCAAAGAAAGAGGUCUAUUGACAGAAGAAGAAAAGCAAAGGAUAAUCAGCUGUAUGGUGGGUCUGGAGCUGCCUGUGUGGCACGAGGCCUGCACCAUGGAGCUGAUACAGAGAUCUCUGCAGGACAGACUGAAGCAUUCUGGAGGUCUGGUCAGGAUGCCUCUGCCUGUUGGUCUGGGGAAAUCAGAAAUUUUCAACGACACAUCUUGUGAAAUUCUGCAGAGGGCUUAUGAAAAAUGGUGUGAUGAACUAAGCUUCCCCUCAGACAAUAACAAUGAAAGUUAACAUAGCCACACUACAGCUAUCUGUUUGUGUAGGGAAUGUCUUAUGUGUACCUUUUUAUGUGUACCGUUGUACAUCCCCAGGUUUAUACUGGUGCUUUCCAAAGAGAACUUCGGACAAAUCUUGUCCAGCCAGCUUCUGAAGUUCCAAAACAUUGA